CUAGAAAAUUUCGAUUGAACAGAAACGCGGUAGUUUAGGAUAAACAGCUCCGGCGAAAACGAGCCCAUCCUUUCCAUCACACCUGCCGGAUUCAUAUGCUGCAGAUUUGAUACAAUGGCGCAGGCAUUGAAUGGGAAACGCAAGGCCUGGAACGAUCUGGAAUUGGAUCCGGACUCCUAUUCUCUCCAGAAAUUUAAACUCUACGAAACUCGAGCGAGAUUUUAUUUGAUUGGGAGUGAUCGUAAUAAGAGAUCCUUCAGAGUGUUGAAAAUUGAUCGACUGGAAACAUCGGAUUUGAAUAUAAGUGAAGAUCCAGUGGUUUAUUCGUCUCAGGAGGUUAAAAGUUUGUUAAAACGGAUUGAUGAGGGCAAUCGUGCCACCGGUGGUUUGAGUGUUGUUGCCAAAGCUUAUGGCAUUGCUGGUUGUAUCAAAUUUUUGGAAUCAUAUUAUCUUAUAUUGGUAACUAAGCGCAGGCAAAUCGGAUGCAUAUGUGGUCAUGAAGUUUACAGUAUAGAAGAAAGCCAAAUAAUUACUAUCCCCCAUGUUUCAGUACAAACUGAUGUUGCUCAUUCUAAAACUGAGUUGAGGUACAAGAAACUCCUAUCCAGUGUAGACUUAACUAAAGAUUUCUUCUAUAGUUACACAUACCCUAUAAUGCAAAGUUUGCAGAAGAAUGUGAUAUCAAUAGCAGAUGAAAGGAUGCCAUACGAGAAUAUAUUUGUGUGGAAUGCCUUCUUAACUGAAUCAAUUCGAUCAAGAUGCAAUAACACAAUCUGGACAAUUGCAUUGGUCCAUGGGAAUUUUAAGCAGAUUAGGCUGUCAGUCUUUGGAAGAGACUUUAGUGUUACACUGAUUUCAAGGCGCUCACGGCAUUUUGCUGGGACACGUUUUCUGAAAAGAGGAGUAAACGAUAGGGGUAGGGUUGCAAAUGAUGUUGAAACAGAACAAAUUAUUCUUGAUGAAGAAGUAGGUUCAUGCAAAGGAAGAAUGAGUUCUGUUGUUCAGAUGAGGGGCUCAAUUCCACUUUUCUGGUCACAAGAAGCGUCGAGAUUUAGUCCCAAGCCUGACAUAAUUUUACAAAGGUAUGACCCCACAUAUGAGUCAACAAAGUUGCAUUUUGAGGACAUGGCAGAGCGAUAUGGCAACCCAAUAAUAGUUCUUAACCUUAUUAAGACUGUUGAAAAAAGACCCCGAGAAAUGAUGCUAAGGCGUGAGUUUACUAGUGCAGUUGGAUAUCUAAAUCAGAUACUUCCAGAAGAAAAGCAGCUGAAAUUUAUUCAUUGGGACUUUCACAAGUUUGCGAAGAGCAAGUCUGCCAAUGUCUUGGCAGUUUUAGGUGGUGUGGCAAGUGAAGCACUAGACAUGACUGGGUUCUACUAUAGUGGAAAGCCUUUAGUUGUGAAAACAAAAGCCAGCCAGAUAAGUCGUACCAGUAUGUCAAGGGAUGCUUCUCUUAGAGAUCUACGAGCUAAUUCGGGAGAUCUUGCAAGAAUUGGUAGUAAUAUUGAUACUAAUUUAGCAUUAAUGCAAGACAGAGAGUAUGGGGGACCUCGACAUCCUGCAAAUCAUAACUGUGGUAAUGCGGCACCAAGGUUUCAGAAUGGAGUUCUGCGCACUAAUUGUAUCGAUUGCUUGGAUCGUACAAAUGUUGCCCAAUAUGCUUAUGGUUUAGCAGCUUUAGGACGCCAACUCCAUGCUAUGGGUUUGACGGAUGAACCUAAAGUGGAUGCUGAUAGCAGCAUGGCUCAGGCUUUGAUGGAUAUGUACCAGAGCAUGGGUGAUGCUCUAGCCCACCAGUAUGGUGGUUCAGCAGCCCAUAAUACUGUGUUUACUGAGAGGCAGGGAAAGUGGAAAGCAACGACGCAGUCUAGGGAAUUCAUAAAAUCUAUCAAACGAUAUUACAGCAAUGCUUAUACUGAUGGCGAGAAACAAGAUGCUAUAAAUCUAUUUUUGGGAUACUUCAAACCACAAGAAGGUAAGCCUGCUCUUUGGGAGCUGGAUUGUGAUUACUACCUACAUGUUACCGGGAUUGGAGAGGAUGUUAUCCCAGCGAAGAGGUGCUCAGAUGGUAUGUGUGUUUCUGCGCUUUCUCCUAUUCCUGCUUGGAAAGAGGAUUUUUAUCGGAUAAAGUUAUCAUCAUUCGACAAAUUGUUACAACAAACAUGCAGUUCAAUAAAGAAUGUGCGGCUUUGGACAGAACCAGCUCAAAGAACUGGAAUUUCUGGAAUGGCACCUGAUGCAGCAGAAAUUCAGCUUAAAACCCCAAAUUGGCUUUUUGGUCAGAGGAAGUUGGAGGAUAGUAGCUCGGCACAUAAGUUGGCUUCAGAUGUUUGUGUCAACCAGGGGUCUCAGAAUGAUAACAGACUCUAUAACUUACUUGACAUGGAUUGGCUCUCUUAUAUAGGCAACAGUAAAGAAGAAGAUGUAUUCCAAAGAUAUCUGGCAAUGACUUCGGUUGAUGAAGCUAAUGGGUGGUAUGGUGGUACAUUACUUGGUGAUCAAGAUGAAACCAGUGAUAUUUACAAGCAUUAUGCUGAACUUUGUCAGGGUCCUGCAGUGGAACCAUUUCAGAAUGAUUCUCAGAAUGAGAAACUCUAUGCCGACUUUCUCCAAACUGGCACAUAUGAUGGUUUGAAUGAUACAACUGCCGAAAAAGAAAUGGAAGAAGCUCUCAAGGAAUAUCAAAGUAUUGGCGCAGAUCUUGGGAUUAUCCCCAGGUCGUGUAAAGCUUCAUAUGGGGACCCAUCCCAGUUGACGAGAUGGAUUAUUGGACAGGACAAGUUACAUAAGAUUUGAGGACCACCCUCUUCUCCUAUAGUUGUAAUGCCACUAGGCAAGUGGGAGGGGUAAGGGUUCACAAGGAGCCUUACCUGCAUGCAUGUGCCUCUACUGUAAAAUGAGCACUUAAUCUGUAAUCUCUACCAAGAGAAAUUGAGUAUCACCAGACUACAGUAUUAGGGACUGUGAUUCCACUUUAUGUAUCCUUAUUUGAUACAUGUAUUUGGUGAAUAAUCAGACUACAAAUGGGAGUAGGGGACUGAAGUUCAUAUUUGAGAGAAUAAAUAUAAAUUACAUGUUUUUAGGCCACGAAAA